UUACAUUGCAAACUUAUAGGCACAUACUAUUAUUAAAGCAAGUGUGCUUUAAAUGCUUUGCUCAUCAAGGUUAAUAAUUUCCUAUUUAUUCGGAUUUUUAUCACGUUUUAAAUGUUCUAUGAAAUAUAUUUCUUUAAAUUUGAGACAAAAAAUAUGAAAAUGAAGCCAAAAUGUGUGAUCAUGUUAACAUUCUUCACGAUAUUAUAUGGCUCUGCUUCCUUCAGUCAUGCCUGUCACAGACCACCCUAUGUUCCUUGUUGUUACAAUAAUUACUUUGACCCGAUAAACAAUACAUGUGCAGAAUGCAAGCCUGGAAGAAUAGGAUGGAAUUGCAAUUAUUCUUGUAAGGAGGGAUACUUUGAAGCUUGUGUAAGCAAUCCUGCAAAUGUAACUUUACUUAUUGUGAUCCGGAAGUUGGAUGUCUGUUAGAAGCUGUAGACAGUAAAAAAUCAAUGGUUUCGGAAGACAAUAAGAACAUCAGCGAAAACAGCUCAACAACAAAAAUAUUCCUCAAAUUUUCUGAAAUGGCAAAUGAUUCAACCGAGACCGAAGAUACAGUUAUGACAAGGUCACUGGUACCAGGUUCCAAAGAACUAUCACAUGGUCACAUCACGAAAGAUGAAGAUAGCGGAAAGAUACUGCAGUUAAUUUCGGAGCAACUGCAAAUGAUGUGCAUUUCCUUAUUUUUGAUUUUGGGUUGUUUAAUCAUUCUUCCUCUUGUGCUUUGGUAUAAUAUCAGGAAGCGUACGAGAAAACCAGACAUCCACAUUGGAAUGAAACAGUCAGAUACAAGCGCAAUGAAUAAUCGGCAAUCCCUAGCUAUGAUGAUGGAGCGUAGAUAUACGAUUUGUUGAACGGAGAUCGUGGAAUAAGAAAUGGAAGCCAAUCUAAUUACAGUACGCCACUAAGACUUGGAAAACAAUCCA